AUGAAUAUCAUUAUUUGGAAUAGUAGGGGUUCUCUGAAACCCAAUUUUCAAAGUUAUGUUGGUGAACUUGCUCACAACCACAAUCCUGCGAUUUUGGUGGUAAUGGAAACAAAAAUAAGUGGUGAUCGAGCAAAAGAGAUUAUUGAUAGAUUGCCAUUUGAUAGGGCGAUUCAUUCUGAGACCAUUGGCUAUUCUAGGGGCUUGUGGUUGCUUUGGAAUUCAGAUAGGGUGGAGGUGUCGUUGAUUUCGAAGACUGAGCAGGAAAUUCAUGCCACAGUUAAGGUAUGUAACUCUGAUCUCUCUUGGUUAUUUUUUGCUGUGUAUGCUAGUCCUAGGUUUGAAGAAAGGUCCAUUCUUUGGAAUAAUCUCUCUGCUUUGGCUGAGCUUCAUGGUAUGGCUUGGGUUAUUGCUGGGGAUUUUAAUGAACCUUUGGUGGACAAUGAUAAAUUUGGUAGCAGAGUUGUUAGUGUGAACAGAUCACUGCAAUUCAAAGAAGUUCUUGAUAAAUGCAACAUGGUUGAUUUGGGGUUCUCGGGGCCGAGGUUCACCUAG